AUGCUGCGCUGGUGGCCGGGCUACGAGGCGUGCCAGCUCACCUUCAAGGGAGAUCAGCCAUUAGGGUUUGCCAUCUUCAGCACCCCUGCCAUGGCGUUUGCUGCUAGAGACGCACUUCAGGGCCUCAUAUUCGACGCGGAUCACAACUCGGUGCUGCGAGUGGAGCUGGCGAAAACCAAUCUGCACAGACGGAAAGGUCUACCUGGGGGAGGUGACGGCUACGACCACUCCAAGCGCUCGAGGGUGGAUCCGAUGGCUGCUUAUAUGCCCGGUGCUGCUGCUGCUGCUGCUAUGGGCAGCUUCAUGCCGGCAGCAUAUGACGCUUAUGCCUCCUCCUUCACACCCCUCCCUGCUGCUGCCCCCCCUGCUGCUCCCAAGACGUACACUCCCCUCCCUGCUCCGCCCUCGGGCAUGCCUGGAAAGAUAUACCACAACCUCCUCCCCCUGCAACCUCCUCCCCCUGCAACCUCCCCCCCCUGCAACCUCCUCCCCCUGCAACCUCCUCCCCCUGCAACCUCCUCCCCCUGCAACCUCCUCCCCCUGCAACCUCCUCCCCCUGCAACACCCUGGGCCUGGGAGUGA